UAAAAGCGGAGUUCCACUCGACCUAUCAAAACAUAAAAGUCAGCAGCUACAAAAACUGCAGCUGCUGACUUUUAAAAAGCAGCCACUUACCUGUCUCUCUGUCCCGUGGUGUGUCCCCUGCAGCUCGUUUCACUAGCCGUCCUGUAUUCCUGCAGGCCAGUAUCUUCAGUGUGUGCACCCGGCUGUGAUAGCUUGCGGCUUCACAGCCGGGUGCCCACUGCGCAUGCGUGAGUAGCACUGCGCUUCAUGAAUGGUCCUGUAGUCUUCUGGGGCCUGUCAUGUGUCCCAAAAGACUACAGGGAGGAGGGGGGAGGACACCAGAAGCGAUCACAGUGGAAGUGGGAGUGGGUAACUGUCAAAUCCGGGUACUCGUCCCCCCCCCCCCCCCCCGCUCCCCAAAUGUGCCAAUCCUUAAUGAGGAGCAGAGGACCAAUCUUUAAAGUGGAACUUCCCCUUUUGGGUGGAACUCCGCUUUAAG